CAGGAAUAUUUUCUUUUUUUUUCCUAGGGCGCCAAUGCCUCGGCUUUAGAGAAAGAGAUUGGCCCGGAACAGUUUCCAGUGAAUGAGCACUAUUUUGGUUUAGUAAAUUUUGGGAACACCUGCUACUGCAAUUCAGUUCUUCAAGCACUUUUUAUUUCUGCCGCCCAUUCCGGGAAAAAGUCCUCGCCUACAAAAGCCAACCGAGAAAAAAAGAGAAUCUUCUCACAUGCUUAGCAGACCUUUUCCACAGCAUAGCCACUCAGAAAAAGAAGGUCGGAGUGAUCCCUCCAAAGAAGUUCAUUACUCGCUUACGCAAAGAAAAUGAACUCUUCGACAACUACAUGCAGCAGGAUGCCCAUGAGUUCCUAAACUACCUGCUCAACACAAUAGCUGACAUUUUGCAGGAAGAGAGAAAGCAAGAGAAACAAAAUGGUCGAAUACCGAAUGGUAACAUCGACAAUGAGAACAACAACAGCACACCAGACCCCACAUGGGUUCAUGAGAUCUUUCAGGGAACAUUAACUAAUGAAACAAGGUGUCUUACUUGUGAAACGAUAAGCAGUAAAGAUGAAGAUUUUCUAGACCUUUCUGUUGAUGUAGAACAAAAUACAUCGAUUACUCAUUGUUUAAGGGGAUUUAGCAACACGGAAACCCUUUGUAGUGAAUAUAAAUAUUACUGUGAAGAAUGUCGCAGUAAACAGGAAGCACAUAAACGGAUGAAAGUAAAAAAGCUGCCUAUGAUUUUAGCUCUCCACUUAAAGAGGUUUAAAUACAUGGAUCAGCUGCAUCGAUAUACAAAGCUGUCAUACAGAGUAGUGUUUCCUUUAGAGCUUCGGCUAUUUAACACAUCAGGAGAUGCCACCAACCCAGACAGAAUGUAUGACUUGGUAGCUGUGGUGGUCCACUGUGGAAGUGGUCCCAACAGAGGACAUUAUAUUGCAAUAGUGAAAAGUCAUGAUUUUUGGCUGUUGUUUGAUGAUGACAUUGUAGAGAAAAUUGAUGCACAAGCUAUUGAAGAAUUCUACGGGUUAACAUCAGACAUCUCAAAGAACUCUGAAUCUGGGUAUAUUCUCUUCUACCAGUCUCGAGACUGA